AUGCUGGACAUCCAGCGAAGAUCACGGCAUGAUGAUCCUUCCUUCGACGUGGCCAAGAAGUUCUGUGGGAGGAGAAAACAACGGAGCGCAGUGCUGAACUUCUUCCGCGAGCAGUCCAGAUUACGUUCGAAAGCUAGUCCAAGUUUUCACCUUGCGGAUGUCAGCACAUACAGUAAAAAUAGGCAGUGGCAGCGGGCUUUGUUUUUGCUCAGCGAGACCUGGGAGGUAAAGGCGGAGCUCUCCGUCAUCAGCUGCACCGCUGGGAUCAGCGCGUGCGAGAAGGGCUUCCAGUGGCAGCGGGCUCUGGCGCUGCUGAGCGAAAUGCGGGAGGCGGAGUUGGUGCCCGACGCCAUCAGCUACAAUGCCGUGAUCAGCGCGUGCGGCAAGGGCGAGGAAUGGCAGCGGGCUCUGUCGUUGCUCUGGGAGAUCCGGGAGGCGAAGUUGGAGCUAGAUGUUAUCAGCUUCAAUGUUGGGAUUAGCGCGUGCGAGAAAGUCGAGCAGUGGCAGCACGCUUUAGCUCUGCUGAGCAAGAUGUGGGUGGCGAGCAUGGAGCCCGACGUCAUCAGCUACAAUGCUGGGAUCAGCGCGUGCGUGAAGGGCGAAGAGUGGCGGCGGGCUUUGGCGCUACUCAAGGAUAUGGCGGAGGCGAGGUUGAGUUCUAAUUCCAUCAGCUACAACGCUGGGAUCAGUGCGUGCGGCAAGAGCGAGCAGUGGCAACGCGCUUUAGCGCUGCUGAGCGAGAUGCGGGAGGUGAAGUUGGAACCCAACUCAGCUACAGUGCUGGAAUCAGCGCGUGCGAGAAGGGUGACCAGUGGCAGCGGGCCCUUGCGUUGCUGA